ACCCUGGAACGCCAACUUUCUUCUCCCUCCCUCUCUUAAACCCCCAGCUUUCCAUGGCCGCGACCACCGCAGCUCCUCCACCUUCCAAAUCCACACCCACCAAACUGAACCCCAACACCGUGCGAAAAGCCGUCAAUGCCCUCCUCAAAUGGAGAAAUUCCCAGACCCAGAACCCCGACGAUCUCUUAGACUCCUCCGACGAAUUCACCUACCUCGUCCUCACCCUCAAGAAAAUCCCACCAAAGGGUCGCGUCAACGCCUUCAAAAUCCCUCUCCCUAAUCCCCUCCUCUCCGAAUCCACCCAGUUCUGCCUGAUCUACGACGACGGCCCCAAGUCCAAGCUCACCAAGGACCAAAUCGACAAGAGGAUCAAAACCCACAACUUACCCAUCACCAAAACACUCAAGCUCUCCAAGCUCAAAUCCGAUUACAAGUCUUUUGAGGCCAAGCGGAAGCUGAUGGAGUCGUACGAUGCGUUUCUGGCUGAUAAGCAGAUUGUGCCGUUGCUUCCCAGGCUUCUGGGGAAGCAGUUCUUCAAGAAGAAGAGGAUGAUUCCGGUGCCGGUGGACUUGCAACAGAAGAACUGGAAGGAGCAGGUGGAUAGGGUUAUCGAGUCGGCCAUGUUGUUCUUGAGUACUGGGACUUGUAGUGUUGUGAGGGUGGCCAGGACUUCGAUGAGUGCUGAGCAGAUUGUUGAGAAUGUGGUUGCCGCGGUUGAUGGGAUUGUGGAGAUUGUUCCGAGGAAUUGGGGCGGUGUGAGGUCGUUUCAUUUGAAGCUGUUGGAGUCACUUGCGCUGCCGGUGUAUCAGGCUGUGCCGGAUGAGACAUUGUUGAAGAUUGAGGGAGUUAAGGGGAGCGAGAAAGAGGUGGUGAAGAAUGAGAAAGUGGGUAAGAAGAAGGGUAGGAUUAGUGAAGUGAGGUAUAUGGAUAGAAAUGUUGGGGAGGUGCUUGAUGAGGAUGAGUUAAAUGAUGGUGUCAUUGUCGACAAGGAGAAGAGGAAGAGUGAAGAAGCAAAGCUGAAGAAAGCUAAGAGGAGUAAGAAUGCAGCAGAGUGAUUCGGCAUGGAAGUGGGAUUCGAUAUAUAUUUGAGCAAGCAUGGCUGUCGAUUUGAGUCUUUCUGGCUUGAAAUUUUGAAUGUUCAGAUGGCCAUUAUCGUAUUGCAGUUAUGAUUUUUGUUAGUUCAACACUGAAUAUUACAGUGCCAUUGUGGUUUCUGCAUUUCCAUAUCUUUGAUUUUGAAAUUACAUUCUUCUAGUUUCAUUGUAACUAUGUAAAUUGGAACAAAGUUGCCAUAAGUUCUCUCUCCAGCAAUAUGACAUAUUAGCCUGCGUUGUAACCUUCUA